AUGAAGACAUUGUCAAAAUAUGCCUGGAAAUAUUUCAUGUCCGCCAUAUCAUCACCGUUAUAUGGGAAUAAAGCUGUAACACCAACAUCGGUAUCAUCAAACGACAACAAGCCAGAGGAAUGUUCAGUGUGUUUUAACGAUUAUGAUGACAAUCAGCUACGGCCUCGCAAUCUGCCGUGUGGCCACACAUUCUGCUCCCAGUGUAUUGACAAUGCUAUCAAGAAUGGUCAGCUGUCCUGCCCCAGCUGCCGUGCCCAGCACACUGCCACAGCUGCCACUCAGUUCCCAAUUAGCUAUGCUGUGGAGGCUUUUGUUAGGAAACUCAAAAAUAUCCAGCUAACAACUGAGGAAGUAGUGCCAGCAAAACCUUAUGAAGGUCCUGCCAAAGGCUUCAGUAAAACGUUACGUUCCAUGGUGCAGGAGCAGAACAUCAUUAUCAGCAGCCUCAUUACUGGCUGUGAAGAAGUACUGUCCCAGCUGGGGGAGUAUUGGGGCCAGUUGGAGGACUGGAAGACUCACCACCUCCAGCUCCAGGACAGACUCUAUGCUCUGGUAGAGCAAAACAAGUCAGCAAUGAAGCUCUUAGAACUGGAGGAUACCAGUGUGGUGGAUAUGACAACACAAGGAGAGGAAGGGAAGACUCAGCUGCAGGCUAUGUUGGGGAACCUUGACACAGUCAACACCCCGGAGGAGGUUGGCACAACCAUAGACACAGCUGAUGGGUGCAAGAUGAAGAUAGAAGAUUGGCUCCAGAAGUGCCAGGAACUCUUCCCAGAUGUCAAGACUGUCCACACCUCAGUGAAGGUACUCUGCUAAAGGUCACAUUGCUCUCACCCAACUGAGUGUAGUAUUGCCACUAUAUAAACACUUUUGAC